UCCGCUUCCCCAGCCAAAACCCCGGGCGAAUGAUGGAGGGGGCGCUCGCCCUCCCGCAGUUCCGCUCGCGCGUCGGCGUCGGCUCGCGUAUCCUGCUCUCCGCCAGUAACCCCGGCGCCGCCUGCGGCAGCUCCGGCGCCUCCGGGAGGAGUAGGGUUUCGAGGGUUCAUCCGGGAGCGUAUCCGAGGACUGCAGGGAGGGGUAGGACUUGGAAGCCUGACAGCCCGGAGGCGUCACCUCGCCGAUCAGGGAGGACUAAGAUUUCAACUGUAAAUUUGGAGGUGUCCCAUCACAGAGCAGUUGCAGCAGUGAGGUUGCUAAGAAUUGAGAAGGGGAAGGCAUUUGUGGACCUUUUGAAUGAGAAAGGAAAUGGUUCUGGUGAGAAUGAGAUGAGCUAUGUAGAAAGGACGCUAGGGUUCAGUACACGGUGUUUGGAUAACAGGGAUAUAAGAUUGGUUACUGUCAUAGUUGCUGGAACUGUGCGCUGGAAACGAUACCUUGAUUAUCUUAUCAUGUCACUCUGCAGUGAGGAGAAGAUGUUCAGGGAGAUGGAGCCGCUACUUCUGCAGAUAUUGCGAAUUGGCUUCUUUGAAAUUCUCAAGCUCAAUGUGCCAGCUUAUGCUGCUGUUGAUGAGAAUGUAAGGCUUGCUAAAGUAGCUUUAAGGCCUGGUGCUGGGAACCUGGUGAAUGCAAUUCUGCGUAAACUUCUACUGCUAAAGGAGACAAACUCUCUUCCUCUUCCAAAGAUAGAAGGUGAUGACCGUGCCCAAGCUCGUGCACUUUCCAUUAUUUAUUCUCAUCCUGUUUGGAUGGUGAGAAGAUGGAUUCGUUUUCUUGGCAAAGACGAAGCUCUAAAAUUAAUGAAAUGGAACAACAGUGAUCCUCAUUUCAGUUUAAGGGUCAAUACAGCGAAUGGGUAUACAAGGGCUGAUCUUAUAGAUCGAUUGGAAAGUUUGCAGGUUCAUUACGAGAAGUCCACUAUGGAUGAAUUUGUCCGUAUUCAGGAGGGAAUGCAGACAGUCCUGCAAGCUGGACUACUGAAAGAAGGCAUGUGUGCUGUGCAGGAUGAGAGUGCAGGUCUUGUCGUGUCUGUCGUUGAUCCACAACCUGGGGAAACAAUCAUUGAUUGUUGUGCUGCGCCUGGUGGGAAAACAUUGUUCAUGGCAGCGCGUUUGUCGGGACAAGGGAAGAUACAAGCACUUGACGUAAACAAAGGUCGAUUGAGAAUUCUCAUGGAGGCAGCAAAGUUGCACAAUCUUGAUGCUAUGAUCAGUGACAUCCAUGCUGAUCUUCGACUAUAUGCUAAGGAAACAACUGUCAAAUAUGACAAGGUACUGUUGGAUGCUCCAUGCUCUGGGCUAGGAGUUCUUUCCAAGAGGGCAGACUUGCGGUGGAAUAGACAAUUUGAAGAUUUGGAGGAAUUAACGUGUUUGCAAGAUGAGCUUCUUGAUUCAGCAUCGAUGUUGGUAAAACCUGGUGGUAUAUUAUUCUACAGUACAUGUUCCAUUGAUCCUGAAGAAAAUGAACACAGGAUUACUGCUUUUGUUCAGAGGCAUCCGGACUUUGUCCCACAGAGUGUGCAUGGAUAUGUUCCUGCUGAAUUUGUCACAAAGGAAGGUUUCUAUUCCUCAAGUCCAACUAAGCAUUCUAUUGAUGGGGCAUUUGCUGCUCGUCUUGUUCAGUCAGUGUUCUAGGAGUUCAACAAAUAGGAAUGCCAACAUUACAAAACCAACUGCAGCAAAUGUGACGGAUGAUGGAUGAACUGGAGUAAAAACACAUUCCAUGGUAUAUACCAUAGACUUAGCCCUCCAACAAGGCAGACAAAGUUGAGUAAUGCCACAGUUGCAAUGAUAACAUAUUCAGGAGAUGAUGACCCAAAUUCAAGGAUUUCUUGCUCAUACCUCUUUGCUUCAUCGUCAUCACUUACCUUUGCUGUAACCUUGAAUGACAUCUUUGAAAGUCCUAACAAUUUUCGGAUGGUGUCAAUGAAGCCAUAGAGAUAUGAGGAUGGUAAAGCCUACCUGGACAAUUGGCUGGUGACUUUUUGAGGUAAUUUCUGAGUUCCAUUCCUUAAAUCCUUUAUGCUUUAGUUUAAUUUCUUCAGGAAUUUUUCCUGACAUAACUGCAGUAUCAAUUCUCUCUCUCAUUUCUUCAUACAGGUUCUGCCAGAAACAAAAUUAGUGGCCAUGCCAAAUAUUAAUUACUAUGAAGUAUUAUUUAGCUAUGCUCUACUUGUUGAUUAUAAAUGUUUAAAAGAAGAAUGUUUAAAAAAAGAAUGUUUAAAAAAUGCACAUACCUUGAUCAGUGACCAUUCUUUCGGGGUACACAGAUUGUGAUGGCUUUCUGACUCCGAGAAGUAAGCAGCUGGUGACCUUGGUUGAAUGUUAUAUCUUUUGCAGAAUGGUAGCCAUUUCUUUGCAAAUAUGGAGGCCUCCCAAAGAGCAUAGAAAGUAAGAAUUGAACCUCCAUCAUCAGAAAGGUGGUCUGAAUUUUUCGUCAAGAGAAACAGGCGGACGCCGAUGAAGGUGUCAAAUCCUGGGGAGGCAUCGGAGCG